AUGUGUAUAUAUAGAAUCAAUGCUACGACGCACGACGGUGCCACUUCAAUGCGUGGUUCAUACUCAAGAGUUGCUAAAAGGAUUAAAGAUGAAAAUAAACUAGCCCUGUAUGCUCGUGUACUAAACUUAUGUGUAGCUGAUGUCAAUCACAGAUGUCGUCGACCAGUUACAAAAAAUUGCGAUGCUUCAGAGUCGUUUAUCGAUGGCUGGAAAUAUACCGGAUGGUACUACCACACGGAGAUUAGAGCGUGCCGACCUUUGUUUACGCCGAAUGGAUGGCACACUUGCUCCGAAAACUAUGAUCUACCAAUGGGCAGGGAAAUGUGCGAAGACUUAUGCGCUGAACCGUGCAUGAGGAGUAACGGUGCGCCGGGCAUUUGCAUGCACAAAGAUAUAUGCACAAUUACUUAUAGUCAAAAACCCCCCACAUACAGGCCAUGCAACAAUGAGAAAUUAAAUUGCUGUAUCAAAAAACGUGACAGUGGGAUGAAAUUCUUAUUCGAAAUUACGUAUGGUAAAAACGAGGUUGUCUAUAAGACAAUCCUCAAAGAUAUCCGUGAGUCAGGGUAUCGACAAGAAGGAUAUGGUUACAUUUACUCUCUACCGUAUCAAGUAAAUGAUUAAGGUAAACGCUAAAAGUGAUACCUUAUAGUACUAUACAUAUAAGUAAUAUGCAUUUUUUUAACUUACAA